ACUCAGUCGAUGACAGUCGGCCAAGCACGCCAGUCGCUUUAGCCAACGCUUCUUCAGCAGCUCCAUAGUCGCAGCAUCAGCAGCAACAAUAAUUACAGUUUAAACGUAUCGUGUAACAAGCUUUAGCAGCAGCUUAACCGUUACUUUUGGCUCGUAUUCUCAAAGCGUCGCUUGAAACUGACAAGAUUGAAGAUUGAGAAUUAAAGAUUCUUUAAAAUCAAGUGUCGCUUUCGCGCUUCUCUUUUGCAUAUUUACAUUUGUUUAAUUAACUUAACGCGUCUUUAGUUGCAUAAAUUAACGCGAGUUUUCGACCAUCAAUAAGAUUGAAAGAAGAGCUUAAAACGUAAAGUACAUCAAAGGAUUCAAACCAAGGGUUGCGCAGUCUUCUUAACAACUCAACAACUGAAGGCAACUCGUUGAGCGGUUGAUCACAUCAGAGGACACCUGUCACAAUGAGUAACAGCGCCAUGGUAGCGGUGGCCAUUUGCUGCAUCUUGGUGUUGCUGGCGGUGUUCAUUGUGAUCAUCAUUGUGGUUGGUCAGCAGUUUGAGGAGCCCAAGUGAGACAUGCUCCAGCUGGGACCUGGCAACUUCCCAGAUGGAUAACAGAGGCCCCCAAAUUGUUAGUUGCGGUCGGUCAGCACAAAUGUUGGGGCAGAUAUCAAUGCCACACACCACCACAACAAACACAAGAGCAACCAGAAAACAACACAACAUAUAAUUAACCUUAUAAUCCAAUGCCACCCAACAUGAGGCGAGAGAAGGAGUUGGAAAAGGAAGAGAAUGUGGAAGAAACUGAAAGAGAAAGAGCGAGAGAGAGAGAGAGAGAGUCAGCGAUAUCAAGCGAAAGAAAAGGCAUCCCAUCGUCAGUACCCAUUGGCUGUGAUGUGAAAUUAUUAGCAUAACAUGAAACAAAACAUAAAAUAAUAGCGACAACAAAAA